AUGUGCACGUUCUCGUGCAUGGAUUCAUGUGGACGCCUUACCACCAACAACCAGUGCAUCAAGGUGUGCACGGAGGCGUGCGGCUUCUCAUGCGGCAAACAAGAGAAGAGCGGUCAAAAGGAAAACCAGGCCACAUAUAGCGAGUAUAAGCCUCUACCUCCAGUCUCCCUUGGCACCGUCGCGCCACCAGUGCAAGUGCAAGUCGUCAAGGUUGCGCCACAGUGUAUUCCCGAAUGUAUGCCGGACUGUUCACUGGCCUGUACGACAGUUAGGGAAGCUAUGUCUUUACUACGUCUGGUAGUGGACAAUCGGCAAUCGACAACGAUUCAAUGUGAACAUAAAUGCGCAGACUCGUGUUCCAGAGUCUGUAUCACCACUGGUCUCCCACUCCAUGAUUGCCUCGCAAAUUGUUCACCAGCUUGUCAGGAAACCUGCUCGUUGACGAAACCAAUGCAAUGCUCGGCCCGAUGUAUGCCCGACUGUAAUCCGACGUGUUUGACGCUGCUUUUGCCUAUGGCGACAUAUACGAUUGCGACGACGGGUCAACCGGAACCAACACGACCACGAAAAAUUUACGAUCGAUUCCGUUUUGUUCCGAUAAUGGGUGACACAAAGAGCUACACCACAGAUGAAAUAUUUCGUGCCGGCGUUGCGAUUAUACACUCGUUGCCAAAAGACGGUCCUGUGAAAGCCUCGAUCUCAGAAAAGCUGCAGUUCUAUUCAUUGUAUAAGCAAGCGACGGAAGGGCCCUGUCGGGUACCGAAGCCCGGGUUUUGGAACCCUAUUGAAGUGGUCAAAUGGAAUGGCUGGAAAGGACUUGGUGAUAUGGAUUCUGAAGAAGCUAAGGAAAAGUAUAUUACUGGCAUGCUAAAGAAAAUGGAUCAAGUCGCAGAGGCAUAUGAUACUAGUGAAUGGAUGGAACAAGCAACAGAUGAAGCUCCAGAAAAAUUAGAGGCAAUGAGACAUAAUUUUGAAGUGAUUGGUCGACCUUUUUCAAUCUAUGGCAAAGACCCCGCUACUGUGGAGCCAACAGUAGACAAUACGCACGUCCAAGAGCUAAGUCCAGAAAAUCAGUCUUUGGUCCAAGGGCAUACGAUCACCGAAAGUUACACAAGUGACAAUGAGUAUUGCGAUGCUGAGGAAGAAAUCAUAAAUAUGCCCGAACCACCGGCCGAAGGCGUCAAAGUAAGGUCUCGACGUCAAGCCGCUGAGUCACUACAGCUAAUUCGACGCGAGCUCCAGGGCUUGGCAAAUCAAGUUACCGAGCUCUCGAAAAGUCUGGAAACGAGGCACUCGCUAUUUAACACUAUGCUUAGUAAAUUGGUGCAAAAACCGGUGCCAGCACAGCAAAGGCGAAGUAUUUGGGUGUGGAUCGUUCUUUUCGGAUGGCCAAUACUACUUCAUUACAUUAUGAAGUACAGAAAUCUGCUUCGAAUGCUGCCCCAGUUCAUUUACUAUCGAUACUUUGCG